AUGGCGACGGUGGCGAUGGACAUCUCGAAGCCCCCGCCGGCCGCGUCCGGCGACGAGUCGGCCAAGGGCGCGCGUGGCGGAGGCGAGGGGUUGCGCCAGUACUACCUGCAGCACAUCCACGACCUGCAGCUCCAGAUCCGCCAGAAGACGCACAACCUCAACCGCCUCGAGGCCCAGCGCAACGACCUCAACUCCCGAGUUAGAAUGCUUAGGGAAGAGCUACAGUUACUCCAAGAGCCUGGCUCUUAUGUUGGUGAGGUGGUGAAGGUCAUGGGCAAAUCAAAGGUUCUAGUUAAGGUGCAUCCAGAAGGCAAAUAUGUAGUAGAUAUUGAUAAGAGCAUCGAUAUCACAAAAAUCACACCUUCAACAAGAGUUGCUCUUCGGAAUGAUAGCUAUAUGCUUCAUUUGGUCCUUCCAAGCAAAGUUGAUCCACUGGUCAAUCUUAUGAAAGUUGAGAAGGUCCCAGAUUCUACAUAUGAUAUGAUUGGAGGUCUUGAUCAGCAAAUCAAGGAGAUCAAAGAGGUCAUCGAGCUUCCUAUCAAACAUCCUGAGUUAUUUGAGAGCCUUGGAAUUGCGCAGCCAAAGGUUUGA